AUGGCUCACUCGUCAGACCCGUCCCGCAGGGAGAAGACCCCCGGGACCCAAGGGUCACACACGGCUACACGCAACCUCUUACGGAAGAAGGAGCAGCGCCGGCGUGGAAUCCGAUCCUCCUCGCCCAUGGGCCGGGUCAUCCUCAUCAACUCUCCUGUGGAUGGUGGAGAUGACAGCGAGGACCUCCACACGAUCACAGUGGAUAAAAGUGUGGACGGGAAGCUGGGCUUCAGUGUGCGAGGAGGCUCAGAGCACGGCCUCAGCAUCUUCGUCAGUAAGGUGGAGGACAACAGUACAGCAGAGGACGCAGGUCUGCUUGUAGGAGACAAACUGGUGGAGGUGAACGGGAUCAGCCUGGAGAGCAUCACGAUGAGCAGCGCUGUGAAGGUCCUGACGGGCAACAACAGGCUGAGGAUGGUGGUGAGACGCGUCGGCAAAGUCCCCGGCAUCCGCUACUCCAAGGAGAAGACGACCUGGGUGGACUUGAUACACAGGCGUAUGGUGGUGGAGGAGAGCGGGCGGACACCUUCGGACGCCAGCUCAGGAAGCGCCCUCCAAAGGAUCGUCCACCUGUACACCACCUCAGACGACUACUGCCUCGGCUUCAACAUCCGAGGAGGGAAGGAGUUUGGUCUGGGCAUCUACGUCUCCAAACUAGAUCCUGGCGGUCUGGCGGAGCAGAAUGGGAUAAAGAUGGGGGACCAGAUCCUGGCUGCCAACGGGGUGAACUUUGAGGACAUCAGUCACAGUAACGCCGUGGAGGUGCUGAAGAGCCACACACAUGUCAUGCUGACCAUCAAGGAAGCAGGGCGAUACCCUGCCUAUAAGGAGAUGGUGGCAGAGUACAGGUGGCUCAAUAAGCUGGCCAACGGUACUCAGAAAUCCUCCUCCCAGGAUUCAGAGUCCAACUCGUCGGCCUCGUCUCUGUCGUCGGGGACUCCGGUCAGCUCUCUGAGCGGCCUGUCGCAGGUCAUGUUCCCUCCCAGCCUGCCGUUUGGUUCAGACAUGGUGGAUGUCUGCAUCUCCACUGAGGACCAGAGGUCUGAGUCGGAGCGGACUGAGACCGCCAUGCAGACGGACCUGCCCUCUCAGAGGACAGCUGCAGACACAACUCGCAACCUGGGACCGACCACUCUGCUCAAAGACACCGUGAUCCGCGGAGACGAGGGCGGCGGGAGGCCAGAGUCCACCAAAACGGCCGUGUUGCUGGCGCUCAGCAGGCCGAGCCGACCGAUCAGCAGGUCCCAGAGCCAAGUCACCGUGGCAGAGAUCACGCAGAAGAAAGAGAAGAAGCAGAAAGGGAAGGACCCAGAGGAGAAGAGCACGCUGCAGCGCUCGAAGACCUUCGUCAACCUGCUGUUCAAGGGCGGACGCAGGGGGCGCUCCAAGUCCCCAUCCGCACGCAAGGCUGGCAAAGGGGGUCAGCAGGUCGGUACGAUGCCAAACUCAGAGAUGCUCGGCGUGGUGGAGGACAUGGCCACCAGGCUGCUGACUGAGGAGGAGGUGGCCGCUGUGAUGAAGACGUGCCGAAGGUACGUGGCCGAGCGCUCAGUGGAGAACUUGAUCCGCCACCUGCUGGCCGUGCUGGACAGACCUGAGAAGCUUUUGCUGCUGAGGGAAGUCCGGAUGCUGCUUCCUCCUCCUGACCUGAGCGUGUUCAAUAACGUGGUGACACCGAUCGAAGUGGAGGCCUACGAAAUCCUCAAGUAUCGGUCAAUCCGAACUCCUCCUCUCCGCUCUCCCACAUCCGGUCGAGCACCAAAACGGCGCCUCAUCACUCCCAUCCCGGAUUUCAGAGGAGGAUUUGAGCUCCACAACGCCAAGGAGGUGGAGAAGGAGAGCCACCUGCUGGACGAGCUGGAGAAGCUCAGUCUGUCUGGGCCCCGGGUGUCCAGGGAGAGGCCUCACACCUCCAGGUCCUUCACCCCGCUGCUGGACAUCCCGGUGGACGGAUACAACACCGAGUCCAGAGACCUCAGACCCCCCUCUGCCAGCGCCAUGCUCCCCAACUGGCUCCUGGCCCGCAGCUACGACCCCCGACCUCCUCUCCGAACAGACAUCGGCACGAUCCGCUCCGUUCACUUUGACGAGGUUUCACUGCACUCCACUUCGGACACGAGCUCAGAGAGAGGAAGACCUCCGCUCAGAAACGGACACUCCAAAAUCAGAGAGGAGGGAGGUGGAGACAGGAGCAAAGACUCCUCCGUGUUCACGCUGCAGAGCGCCGCUCGCAGGAGUCGGCCUCUGCUGUCGCAGGUGUUCAGAGCAGAUGAACGAGCGAAGAGCGAGCUCAUGAACGGACAUCAGGCUGCAGCCGAAAACGGACUCAACGGCUCCGAGCCUGAACAGGAGCACGAGCUCAAAACUGUCAGCAUCUCCAAGACCAAACAGUCACUGGGCAUCAGUAUAUCAGGCGGGAUGGAGUCCAGGGUUCAGCCGGUGGUGAAGAUCGAGAAGAUCUUUCCUGGAGGAGCUGCCUCCACCUGUGAAGUGCUCAAGGCUGGAUUUGAGUUGGUGUCUGUGGACGGCGUCUCCCUGCAAGGCGUGACCCAUCAGCAUGCUGUCGACAUCAUCCGAAAAGCCUUCAGCAAUAAGGCCAAAGACCCCAUGGUGUUUGUGGUCAAAGUCCCCAAAGACAUUUUGAAAGAAGACUGA